CGAAGUGCAUGUGGUUUAGUACCGAAUUUUCGGUGAGAUUUAUAUUAAGAAAGUAACAACAGAUUUAUAAAAAACCUGCACAAGGAACUAUUUUUAAAAUGUGUUAUCAAAAAGUGAUCUCUAAUAGAAGUGAAAGUGCUAUUUUAAAAAAGUAUGUUUAAGCGCACAUUUUGCGAACGGAUUAUAAUUAAUACUUUAGCAAAUUUGAAAUAAAAAUUCCCUGAGCUAACGAUAGAUCUCACUUAUAUUUUUUUAACCCACGCCGUGUUUAAUAUAGUAUACAUUUGUCACGACUAUUUAAUUUUAAAUCAUUGCCUAAUUGUUAAAUAGUUUUAUCUGAUAUUCGAAGUACAACAGAAUGUUUCAAAAUUCGCAAAUUAAAGAAUUUUGGCAAUUAUCCACAAGCAUGCCCCACGGAAAUACCUAUACGACAGGUGAUAGAAAAUCUACUUAACCUAUGAUCUUUAACAUCUAAUUCUAUGUGCGUGCUAUUAAAAAUACAACCUGUUCGGCUCCCAUCAGUUUAGCGAUGGCUGAUAGAACCUCCAAGCGACGUAAUAGCCGUAUGUUUAGAAAUCCGUCCACCGAAAGCAACGACGAAUCUUUGACGAUGGCCAAAUCGAUUCGAGACAAACGGAAAAAGCCCAAGGAGCGGUGGUUGCUCACCAGAAAAACUUGGAGAUAUAUGACGGAUGCCGGUAAGCGCUUAAUUCCCGAAGGGGUGCAAAAUCGUCCCGAAGACAUACCUAAAAUAGAAGCAUAUUUCCAAGAGGUGUGCAAAAGAGAACCGAACUUCUUGUUAUGGAGGAAAAAUUCAUACCCGGGCGCACUUUGCUUUCGCUCCCAACGUCGACGAAAAGAGCGGCGAAAGGGGGGUAGCUGCCGAAAGGCCAGCUCUUCGGAUGAAAUUCAAUUUAAACCUGAGAGACCGAAAGACUUAGCCAUUUCUUCCGUAAGCGGUGGAAGGUUCGAUAUCCAAAAAAUGAAAUACGACUUCCUAAACAAGCCCUCUUCACCAAACAGCUCGGUGAAGUCGCAGUUCAAAUCCAGCCCGCUACCGUCUCCAACGAGCGAGGAAGUUGCCGAAAACGAAUUACUGCAAAUGUUAGAAAAAUACCUCACGAUAUCCGGGACAGCAGACAAACCACGCAACGUUCCCAAUACCUCAGUAGACUUCAAUUACCUAGAACUGAUCGAUAAGUUACAUAAACACUUGGACACAUCAACAAGGGCGAGUACACCGGGUUACGUUCCUCAACCGAGGCAGCAGGUGCAUUUUGAAGGUGACCACAUUCAAAAGUCACUCACGGAAACUCUGAGCAGGUACUUUGGCCAAUACGCGAAUAGGGAUAAGGUAAUAUCCGACUUACUUACGAAUCGCAAGGCGUUAGAAAAGUUAUAUUUUGAUUUGAGACAAGCCAAGCUUUUCCGCAAUGAUCGUGGCAUGAGAUAUAGUCCCCAGACUGCCCCAUGGGGUGGCGUAAACCUGAGGAGUUACAAACAUCCAGAGAAGUUCACCGACUCAUUCACUUCGCAACCCCCUUUAAUCGAGGUGGUCGAAACAACUGAGAUAAGCUACGAAAAUGCUGGAGUGCAAACAGGUCCGAUACUCGAGGCCACUCUCCUGCAGCUCGAAGAAGAAUAUAAGAAAAUGCUGGCGGAGCGCGAAGACGAGGAGCCCAAAGAAGUUAAAAGUAACACUCAUCGAAGGCGCAGUAGUGUAGAAAACGACGAUGUUUCCCAAUCGGUUAGUGAUACAAUUAAACGAUACUUGCGGAUGGCGCGUAAAAAAAGCGUUGACUCAAAUAAAAACGAUCGUUUUAAGCGUGUUAACUACGACCGGAAUUUGAGAAAUAUUAAAGCAAAGGGCGAGAUUACCAAACCGGGUGACGACGACGGUUUAAACAAGGGCUGUCAGACGAAUGACGAUUGGAUCUUGUUCGCGAAAGACCUAAAGUUCUACGACUCUAGCGAUAAUCCUAAUUUAAGUUCCCGUGAUAGUAUAGACGCGACGGCCGUUGACGAAACGGAAAAAUCACAUACCACCCAUCCCAGCUUCUUUUCCACUGGCCAAACCUUUCUCUCAAACCUUUUGCAUGGUAAACAUACACACGAUAAAUCUUCCCCUGCAGCUACUACCACCGGAGGAACCAUGCAAAAGUCCAAGUCCUCCUCCAGUGUCAUGCAUCAUGGUAGUCGACUGAUGGCGAAAAAAAUAUUUAGAUCGAGGUCCAAGAGCCAAACGAGACCAGCGCCCACGCAAUCCAGUUGGACACCAAUGGGCGGGUGCGUUUGGAACAGCACAACUGGAAGGCAAGUAAUUUUGGGCGAUACCACUUUAUUGCAAUUAACCGACAUCGAGCGGAAGGUUCUGCAGAAAGUUGCCUUGGCGAAACUGCAAGCGUUAAAUCUGGGGGUUAACGUGAAAAUUCCAACAGACGCAGCUGCCACCGCCCCUCAAAAACCCAAACGAAGGGCCUACCUUCUCAAAAGGAAAGCGUUGACUACUGGAUUUUUUGACGCGAAUCGAAAGGAAGGCGACAAGGAUAAAGAUGGAACCUCAACCGGUUUAGUAUUUGGAAUCCCCUUAACUCAGUGCGUGGACAACGACAGACUAUCCCGAAGCUCAACGGCGGCCACUAGUCGAGAUUUAUCCGGUGAUGAAUCAAAUUUGAGGCGAAACAAUAGCAGAGCAAGUUGCACGUCGCUGGUCGAUACCACCAAAGAUGACGAGAUUGGUUCAAGAGAAAACUUGCUGUUGCACGAAAAAAGGAUGAUGGGAAGCGUCCCCGGGCUUCUAGAUAGCAUCUCUUCAUAUGGGUCGACAGCUGAUAUCCUGGCAGCUUCCAAUGAAGAUGAGCCGGCCGUGCCGAAUAUCUUAACUGAAUGCGUUAGACACUUAGAAGCUAAUGGUUUACAAACAGUUGGAAUAUUCAGGGUGAGCCCGUCGAAGAAGAGAGUUAGGCAGUUGCGAGAAGAUUUCGACUGCGGCAAGGAGUCGACGAUAGGAAACGACCAAUGUCCACACGACGUCGCCACGUUAUUGAAGGAGUUUUUAAGGGACCUUCCAGAUCCACUACUUUGUCGAGAUUUAUACCACGCGUUUGUCAAAACCCAACGUGUCCGUAACAGGGCAUUGCAGAUUGAAGCGUUGCAGCGUUUAGUGCAGUUGCUGCCUAUUUCGCACAGUGACACAUUGUGCACAUUACUGACGUUUCUUACUAACGUCGCUAGAACCGCCGAACCUAGAACGGAUGCUGCAGGCGAGAUUCUCGGUGGUAAUAAAAUGGAUUCAAAUAACUUAGCCACAGUGUUCGCCCCCAACAUUCUCCAUUGCAAUAAACAAGGCGCAAAAGAGUCAACUGAGCGUCCUGAGGAUCACAUAGAUGUAAUAAACGUCGUUCGUACGUUAAUAGACAAUAAUAGGGCGUUGUUUAAUGUACCAGCCGAAUUACUAAAUGAUGUAUACGUUUACCUACUAGAAUCCCAUCCCGAGGUUUUGGAUCAACUGCUGUACAGAAAGGCGAUCGGUAGCGGAGAUGAUUAUGCCGAUGAUUUAGACAGCGAAAGUAAUUCAGCUCCAUUAACCCCAACGGCCCCCACUUCUCACAUUGCAAUCGAACACGUUACGCACACAGACUCAGAUAGUUGCAACACGCCUCCGGAACCACGACGAACUUGGUCUCGGGAGGAAUUUCUGCACGAAGCAGCGGCCACUGGUGGGCCUAACCUGGUUGCCAGAUUCAGGAACAGCAAGGAUCGUUUUAGAGAGAGAGCGGCUAGGAAAAAACGAGAUGACUCGGUUAGCGGAAGACGAAAAGAAGAAGAUACCGCAGUUUCCUCAAUUAACAUCAUAUCUCGAUUACGAGGGCAGAAAGAUGACGACGCCAAUCAAAUGUCUAAGCUAAGAUCACCAUCACUUGACAGUAACAGUUCUUAUCCAGGCGAAGAUCGUAUUCGUAGCACAGACGGAUCUAUAAUCGACAGGCGGAGAUCCACGCCAUAUAUGGUGGAUUCUCGAGGUGUUAUUAAAGCUAGUCUUACCAUACCAGUGCAGACAACAGGAAAUCAGUCAUUAGUUCUUAAUGUAGACCACAAGGACAUUCCAUACAUAGAAGAUACAAGUGGAUACGCUUACGUUUUAGAUAGCGGGCGACAGUCUAAGCCUGAACUCCCAAGAAGAAGACACAACUCAGAAUCGUCAGGUGGCACAGUUCACCCAAUUACCGGCAGCAUUUCCAUCAUUCAAGGUUACGAUUCCCCGAUCGGAAGCCCGCCACAGACAACAACCACCUCUAGCGUAAGCAGUGGCAUUGGAGAUAUAGGAUCACCUCUCUCGUGGACGUCAUCGCCUCCGGGUUCUCCAGACAACACGCGCAUCUCAGUGAACUACAUCCCUGAAGAUGUAACCACUUUGAAACAAGCAACGAUGAAAACCUCCACCAACAAAAAGGCAGUUAAAGAUCCAACUACUGCGCAAAAAGUGACGUUUAUGUCCACGCCCGAACUGAGACAGGCGCGACCGACUAUCCCCAUCAAGUCUGAGAUUCCGAAACCGAUAAUGCCACAAGUGAAAAACGCGGAACCGACAUUUAAUCCGACAAUAUCAAGUAUAGGUAACGCCGUUCUCCGUUCGAGAACUGCGGAUUUCGAAAGGAUCUCAAAGAAUGAUGCAAAGCCCAAAAGUACCACUUCCACAAAUUCGGAUAAGAAAAAGUAUACGAAACGUAGAUAUACAGAUAGUAAGCACCUCACCAGACACAUACCGGACUCCGAAUCUCUCGAAGUCACUAGUAAUGGCCAAAGUAAGGAGAGCGGUUCGACGCAAGCUGGAGUCGUUUAUAAACGAAGAGAGCUCAUUUCCAGUGUACCUUCAAAGUAAUACGUACUUUAUUGAUAAGGAGUUAAAACAUAAGAUAUUUUGCUUCGCCCGUGUGGCAAUUUGGAUUUUUCCAAAGCAUAAAAUCUACGACUUGAUUCUUGUAUUGAUGUUAAAUGUUAUGUGCUAGAGAAAAUUUGUAAAUAUACAAAUUUAUUUAGCUAGCGGUUAACGAUUUUGUUUCUUAAUUUGUGAUAUCAGAAUGUAGCACCAAUAUA